AUGAGUUGGUUCCUGUGUUCUGGCAAAUCAAGCAAAAAUGCAAAGAAGAAGAAGCAGAAGAAUAAUCCAGAAGAUCAGAUCCCAUCAAUUUCAGAACAACUGAAGGCAAAUUCAGCACUGUCUGUAAAGGACUCUAAGGAUGGAGGGUCUGAUCACAUUGCAGCACAUACAUUUACAUUUCGUGAAUUGGCAGCUGCAACAAAGAAUUUUAGAGCAGAUUGUAUUUUGGGAGAAGGAGGUUUCGGUCAAGUAUAUAAAGGGCGCUUGGAGAGUACUAAUAAGGUAGUGGCCAUAAAGCAACUUGAUUCCAAUGGGCUUCAAGGGAACAGGGAAUUCCUUGUUGAAGUAUUAAUGUUAAGCCUACUUCACCAUCCCAAUCUUGUUAACUUAAUAGGCUAUUGUGCUGAUGGUGAUCAGAGGCUUUUGGUAUACGAGUACAUGCCGUUGGGAUCUUUGGAAGACCAUCUACAUGAUCUACCACCAGACAGAAAACAACUUGACUGGAAUACAAGAAUGAAAAUAGCUGCUGGUGCUGCAAAGGGCUUGGAGUAUUUGCACGACAAAGCUAACCCCCCUGUUAUUUAUCGUGAUCUUAAAUGUUCAAACAUUUUACUUGGUGAAGGCUACCAUCCUAAGCUCUCUGAUUUUGGCUUGGCAAAGUUAGGUCCUGUAGGAGACAACACUCAUGUUUCCACUAGGGUGAUGGGAACCUAUGGAUAUUGUGCGCCUGAAUAUGCAAUGACUGGUCAGCUCACAUUGAAAUCAGAUGUAUACAGCUUUGGGGUUGUUCUUUUGGAAAUCAUUACUGGAAGAAAGGCAAUUGACAAUUCAAGGGCUGCUGGGGAACACAAUUUGGUUGCAUGGGCCCGCCCCUUGUUCAAGGAUCGGAGGAAAUUUUGGCAGAUUGCUGAUCCACUGCUCCAAGGUCAGUAUCCGGUGAGGGGAAUGUAUCAAGCUCUUGCCGUUGCUGCAAUGUGUGUCCAGGAGCAGCCUAAUAUGCGACCUCUCAUAGCUGAUGUUGUCACAGCCCUUACUUACCUUGCUUCCCAAAAAUAUGAUCCUGAAACGCGGUCAGUACAGAGCUCUCGCACAAGCUCAUCCACUCCUAGACCUAGAAGGGAACUGUGA